AUGACUGAUGCUCACUCUGUGUCUACCACUUUAGACGAUAUCAUCAAUGAAUUAAAGUUGACCUAUGACUCCUCUGUUGGACUACUUGAUGGCGAUUCUAUUCGAACCAUACCAAAUAUCAACACAUUAACUAAUUUGAAUAAAUUGUUGAAAAACUUAUGGAACCAGUUAGACGAGGUGGAAUCAAUAGACAAUGACGUGUUAAAAAAAAUACGAGCUAUUAAGGAGAGUGAAAGUAAGAAAGAUUCAAAGACCUCCGAAAACGAUAAGAAACGUAAAAAUGAAGAAUUGACACCACCAAACCAUGGUGACGAAGACGAAAUGCCCAUGAGCGCAACAAAGAAACGCAAAAUUAUUGCAGCCGCAAAAGAGGCUGAUGACAAAGAAGAAAAGGAUCUAGUAUCUGAAGCUGAUGAAAAAGGUGAAGAUGAAAUUGAUGAAAAAGAAGAAAAAGAAAAUCUCAAUUCUAAAGACGACCCCAUACCACCUGUACAAACAGGAAAUUUUACGCAAGACAACGACACCAGGUUAAAGAAUCCAAAAUCAGAGUACGUGGAACCGCAGACACUAUCUGCAUCGGCGAUUGCAGAGCUUGGAUUGUUUUCGGAAGAAAACAAUGGUUUGGAAACUCAAGGCAGAGAAUAUUUGAAAAAGAAAUAUGGAGUUGCCUCAUAUCCAGAAAAAGACUUGCAGGAUUUGUUACCUGGUGAAAUACCAAAUAUUGACUUUUCUAAAAAUAAGCCACCAAGCAACCAGGUGCAGUUCACUACUUUCCAAUCCUAUAUUGAAUCAUAUUUUAGACCUUAUCUGACAGAAGAUAUAAAGUUUCUCAAAGAACGAAACGUGGUACCUCCUGGGUUUGAAAAACAAGGGUAUGAUGCAGAUGUUACACCAUUCAUAAUACCGAAGUUAGGUAAGUUUUAUGCGGAUGUUUGGUCGGAAGAGGAUUCUACCCUCGGUUCGAAAUUGAAUUCGCCUGCGUUUCAGCAGCCAUCGUCUGAUUCAUAUAAACCUAAGGGGUCUAUUGAAGGGUUGACUGAUGAAGCAUUAUUUACAGAAAAUAUUUCUUGUGGUCCUCUUUCUAAUAGAUUGUUGUCUGCUAUUUUGAGUAACCGAGAAGGCGGAUUAAGUGAUGAUGAAGAUGCACCAGCCCAUGAUUCCAAGUCAGAAACGAAAGAGGCAAGCAAAUCAUCAUUGACUGAGGAAGAAGUUGCCACACAAUUAAAUAGUGAGGAAGAUUAUAAGUUAUCAACAGAGCAAAACGAUUUUCAGACAAUUGAAGAGAGGCUUAAACGAGAACUAAAAUAUAUUGGAAUAUUCAUGAAUUUGCCGACUACUGGAGAACCCAAACCUAAAGCAAAACAGGUAAAUGGGAGAGCCUCUAAAAAAAUAUCGGCAAGCAUUAUUGAUAACGAUGAAUGGAUCAAAAAUAAGGAGGAUGAUGAGGUUUGUGCAGAAAUUAGAAAGUUACAAAUGGAGUUGAAAGAAGUGGUAAGCAGAAAUAGAGCCAAUAGAAAAAAAUUGAUUCCUUUGGUUGAAGAACAUAUCGCGUACCAAGAGUAUUGCGCAAUACUCGAAGAUCUUGAUAAACAAGUAGACCUGGCUUAUAUGAAGAGACUUAAAGGUAGAGGUAAAAAGAAGAGACUGGACGUGGUAACACCGCAACAACAGGCACUUAACAGUGGGUUGAGAGCAUUAUUAGAAAAGAGACGAAGAUGGAUAGAUAACAUUGGAAAAUUAUUUCCUGUCGCAGAAAAAAUGAAGCGUGUUCCCGACAAGUCCAUAUUGAUACGUGAAGGUGCUGUAGAGUCAGAGCAAGUUGACGAUGAUAAUAACGAAAGCACCUCUCCUGCAGUGGAUAUGCUAACGCAGAAAUCACUAUAA